GUAGUAAUGUGUGCUGUUGUGAUCACUAACAAUUUGGUGAAGGAUUAAUUUCUGCUUCUGACUGUGCGCAUGCGCGGAUUAAGGUCUGAGUGAUCAGGGUGUUAGUACAGUAUCGCUUGUCGGUAUACCGGAGUAAUAGGUGCCGGUGUCGCCAUGCACAGGGGCGUGCUGCUGCUCUCCGGCGCCGCGGCGCUGCUCGCGCUCGCCCCGUGUUGGGGAUCUUUCCCGGAGGAGCGCUGGAACCCCGAGUCUCCUCUGCUGGCACCGCGCGUUCUGCUCGCGCUGCUGUGCCGUAACUCGGAGCGGUCACUCCCGCAUGUCCUCGGCGCCAUCGACCGCCUCCACUACCCCAAGGACCGCAUCGCUGUAUGGGUGGCGACGGACCACAACGCAGACAACACGGCUUCGGUCCUUCGCGAGUGGCUCAUUAAAGUUCAGACUCUGUAUCACUAUGUGGAGUGGAGACCACAGGAGGAACCCAGCGAGUAUGAAGACGAGGUCGGACCGAAGCAGUGGACCGAUCUACGUUAUAAACACGUGAUGAUGCUACGGCAGGCAGCGCUGGAAACCGCCAGGCAGAUGUGGGCCGACUAUUUUCUGUUGGUGGACUGUGAUAAUCUUCUCACUAACCCUGACGUCCUCUGGAAACUGAUGAAGGAAAAUAAAACUAUUGUGGCACCAAUGAUGAAGUCCAGAGCUGCGUACUCCAACUUCUGGUGCGGAAUGACCUCUCAGGGCUACUACAGGCGUACACCAGACUACAUGCCCAUAAGGAGUCAGGAGAGGCGUGGCUGUUUCCCCGUCCCCAUGGUCCACUCCACCUUCCUGCUGGAUCUGAGGAAACAGGCCUCCAGCCAGCUGGCCUUCUAUCCUCCACACCCGGACUACACCUGGGCCUUCGACGACGUCAUAGUGUUCGCCUUCUCCGCCCGCAUGGCAGAUGUUCAGAUGUUCGUGUGUAACAGAGAGACGUAUGGCUACAUCCCUGUCCCGCUGCAUACCCAUCAUUCCUUGCGAGAUGAGGUUGAUAACUUCCUGCACACGCUGCUGGAGGUCAUGGUGCACGGUUCUCCGGUGGAUCCCUCAGGUCAUCUCUCUGUCCCUCACAAACUCCCUGAUAAACUGGGCUUUGAUGAGGUGUUUGUGAUUAACCUGCUGAGACGUUCAGAUCGUAGAGAGAGAAUGUUGAGGACUCUGUGGGAGCAGGAGAUCACCUGUAAGAUCAUCAACGCAGUGGACGGCAAAGCACUGAAUGACAGUCAGAUCCGUGCUUUAGGGAUCAGAAUGUUACCGAGUUACAGUGAUCCGUAUCAUGGCAGGCCGCUCACUAAAGGAGAACUUGGCUGCUUCCUGUCUCACUACAACAUCUGGACUGAGAUUGUAGAGCGGGGACUGCAGAGAUCUCUGGUUCUAGAAGAUGAUUUGCGCUUUGAGCUCUUCUUUAAAAGGAAACUGCAGAAACUGAUGCAGGACGUGGAAGCAGAAGGACUGGACUGGGAUUUAAUUUACAUCGGGAGGAAGCGGAUGCAGGUGGAUCAUCCAGAGAAACCGGUUCCCAACAUCCAGAACCUAGUGGAGGCCGACUAUUCCUACUGGACGCUGGGCUACAUGAUCUCAUUACAAGGAGCCAAUAAGCUGCUGAGGGUGGAGCCUCUGACCAAAAUGCUUCCUGUAGAUGAGUUUCUGCCCAUCAUGUACAACAAGCACCCAGUGGACGACUACAUGUCUCACUAUGAUGUGAGGGAUCUGUUGGCGUUCUCUGCUGAGCCGUUACUCGUCUACCCCACCCACUACACGGGCGACCCGGGGUACAUCAGCGACACCGAGACGUCCACCGUGUGGAACAACGAGACCGUUCACACCGACUGGGACCGACAGCGUUCAGAAAAGAACCAAGCCAUGCACUCGCAUGCUACCUCUGACCUUUGACCUCUCACACAAAGGAGCAGGAAAUCUUUACAACUUUUUUCCCACUACUUGGUUGUGCUAGUAAACAAAAUGCCCAAGCAGUAGGGUUGUGCUGUGAAAAACACACUCAACAACAGCACAAUGCUUCCUGUAGAUGAAAAGUGCAUACUGAUUACUUCAAUAGUGAAACUCAUGGGGUAACCAGCUAGUCUGCUAAUUGUGCUAAAGUCCAGAACCAGACACUUAACGAGACACUUAACGAGACACUUAACCGUGAUUUAAAAUGAGUGAAAUGUCUCAUUGCUGUGGUUUAGUGAUCUGUUCUGGAUGUGCUGAUGUGGAGGAUUCACAAAACAAAACGUCUGGAAUUCUCGAAUGAUGUAAUAAUAUAGCUUACAAGUAAAAGUCUGAGCCUCUAGUACACAUUUUUAUCUUUAAACCUAAAGUGUGGCCUAAACCUAACAAUAAUCACGUCUGUUGCCUGCUAGCUUUAUUAACUCCAUUGCAAAAAGUAAAGAAACAAGCUUCAGUCCUUCAGCACGUUCUGGCUGAUCAGAGGAGAGACGUAGAUCACGACACAAGCUCUGAGCUUCUCACCAUUAUGUAAUCAAUCCUAAUUUUACAAACAUCUUUUAAAAUUUUAUUUAUUUUUUUGGUCUAGAUGAUUUGUUCCGAACUCUAUCAGCACUGUUCGCACCUUUCGGUUCUGUUGUGGCUCCGGUGUGGUGCUUUUCAGGAAUAUAUUAAAAUUAAUAUUUAAUGUUAAAGGGAUCUUCAGGUGGAUUGUGUUGAACUCUAACACUCCAGUUUGUGCAAAAAAAAAGCUCUUAUUGUUUGUGAUUACGGACUGAGCUGAAAUACUCGACCAACAGCUCCAGCGUGUUUCACUGGUUUACUGGAGCGCUUUCCAUUUCAUCUAAAGGAAACUGGUGUAUUUUACUUAUUAGCUAAUUACUUGAAUUUGCAGGUGUAGACAUGAUUCUAGACGUGAAAAAUGUGAUUAUGAGAACUGCAAUAUAAAAACACAGCUUUAAAUUGUACUGUUUUUCACCGAGGUGAAGUUACUUUUAACUAACCUGGGAGAUUUGUAUUGGUAAUUUAUUGAUGGUCCCUAAGUGACACUGAACAUCUGUCGAAUAUCAAAAGUACCCUAACUUCACCUUGGUGUUUUUUCCAGAUAUUUUCUGUUCUCUGUGGGAGAAAUCGGCUGUUUUACAAACCAAACAUCAUCGUUUGUGACGUUUUUUUGAGUUAUUUACUUUAUUUUUUAAUAGUUUGAGGCAACAAAUAUUGUUUUAACCUUCUGCAUGACUUAUGAUUGUUAUUCUACAUCAAAAUAGUUUUGCAUUUACAUUGAAUCUUUAUUUCUGUUUUUAAACCUAUAUUGUGUAUUUAUCUAAUUCCAUUUAGCUCCUAAACUGAAAUGUGACUUCAGAGAGGAAAUUCCACCGUAAUAUGUUUUUAUUCGUAUAAACUGCAACUCGAUUAACGUUAAAUUUCUUUCUAUGCAAAUUUUUUAGCUGAUGUAUUUCUUUUAUUAGUUUAACCCAUUAUCACUGUUCAGUUUUACUUUUAUUUGUUAUUUUAAGGUUUAUUCCAUCAUCAUCAUCAUCAUCAUUUCAGAGCAUUGCCUUUCCGUAUGUUUGGAAAUCGCAUGAUUCAGUAACUGACACUGUGAUGAUGUGAGAAUCAACUGUGGCAGAAGUUGAUGUUUUCAGCUGAUCUGAAGUGAGUUUUCUCCCCCCCCCUCUCUCUCUCCCCCCCUCUGUCUCCUCUCUCUAUAUUUCUCUCUUUCUGUCUACUGUAUCUCUGUCUCUCCCCCUCUCUGUCUCCUCUCUCUCUCUCUCUCUCUCUCUCUCUCUCUCUCUCUCUGUCUCUCCCUCUCUCUCUGUCUCUCUGUCUGUCUCUCCCUCCCUCUCUCUCUCUCUCUCUCUCUCUCUCUCUGUCCCCCCCCCCUCUCUCUCUCUAUGUCUCUGUCUCUCUCUCUCUCUCUGUCUCUCUCUCUGUCCCCCCCUCUCUGUCUCACUCCCCCCCCCUCUUUCUGAUUGUGUUUUCUGCUUGUGCUUUAAUUUAUUGCUCAUGUCUGCUAACACUGUGAUCAGUGUCUCUGUACAAAGUGUUAGGAUGUAAAAUUACAGCCACAAUGUGAAAGAAACAGAAACUUGUUAUUCUUUCUUAAUAUAGUUAGUUAGAAUUAUAAUAGAGUUAUAAUAGUAGGCUGAGGAA